GCUUGUUUGGAGGGUAGAUUGUAUGAGAUUUGUGUAGAUAGCACACUGCGCCUAUGUCUGCCUUCUUCUUGAAACGACUUCGUCCCGUGAGCUGCUGCGGAAGGGAUCGGAAGACGCAGUGAAGCCGCACUCUGCUUCAGCGCCACCCCUUGCUUCUCGUAUUGUGUUGUGUCAAUUAACUUGGGCUUGAGGGAAAUGAGUGGAAGUGGUAGAAAACGUAGUUCAAAGUGGGACUUGCGGGAAGAACGUGAUGAUAUAAAUUUGCAAGAUGAUGGCUGGCCUGGAAAAGCAGGUCGGCCAUUUCGAAAUAGAGAUUCAGGACAUGGAUGGCAUUCUCCAGAGCUUGCUCGUAGUAAUGGUUCAAAGCGGUCUGGCUUAGAGAUAAGUGAUAUGAGGUCUAAGCAUGAUUCAGGAUUUCUAUCUAGGGAACCUUUUCCUGGAAGCAGAAGUUCACAUAGGAAUGAGAACACUGAUAAAGACAGCAACAGGUAUAUAGAAGAAUCCAUGGCAUGGGAUAGAGAUGGAAGUUAUGGCACAAGAAUGUCACCUGGUCUUGAGGAAUGGAGACAGCAAAAUCAUAGUCAAUCUCCGAAAAGUGGCCGAAGCAGGUCAAUGAGGGGUAGGAGUAGGAGUAGAAGCAGGACCAGAAGCAGGAGCCCUGUUCGUAGCAGUAGAUGGGAAUCAGGGUUUCCUGAAAGAAGUAGAAGCAGACCAGGAAUGUCAGCUCAACUAUGUAAAGAUUUUGUUGCUGGAAGAUGCAGGAGAGGUAGUCAUUGUCAGUUUCUUCAUCAGGGUACUCAAGAUUACGAGGAUAACUGGGAUAGUAGACAAAGGAAAAGUGGAAGCUCAAAAUAUUCAACUUCCCGUGAUGCUAGAGAUCACUCAUUGAGGAGUGGAAGAUCUACAUCUUGUACUGAUUUUGUGAAAGGGAGGUGUCGGAGGGGGGCAUCUUGUAGGUUUGAACAUCAUGGUGCUACUGAUGGAUUCAAUAAAGGAUCUGCGGAGGAUGUUAGUAGAGAAUCAGAAAAUGACAGAAGGAAAGGAGAUACUUCUAUUGAGCAAGGUGUUGACCGUGAACCUCGCCGGAGUAACGAUAUUCCUUGCAAAUUUUUUGCUGCAGGAAAUUGUCGAAAUGGGAAGUAUUGUCGAUUUUCACAUCAUAUUCAGACAUCUGCAAGCCCUAAUGGUAAGUCGCACCAUGAUAAGUGGGGCCCAGCUAACAAGUUGGAUGAUGUGGACCAGGUAUGGGAUGGUCCAAAAUGGAGCAAUUCAGUUGUGCCAGAUGCUGCGAUGUUUAGUGAGGACAAAAAUGGAAUUAUAGGUGCUCAAGAGGCAAGGUCUACUUGGUCUGCAAAUGACAAUAGGUGGGGAAAUAGUUUGACUGAUGAGAAUGAAAAGCCAACUGUUAGUCAUGAGGCAGCUAAAAUCAAUGAGAAGGAAGCCCUUCGGUGGAAGGCAGAUAAUGCAGGUACCAGCAUGGGUUUCUCUGAACCCAAACAUGCUGAAAAGUGGCUCGGUGAUAUGGACAUGUCGCCUGAUUGGAACUAUGCAGUCCAAUCUUCCAACUAUGUUGUGAAAGAAGACAAUAGUCAUAUUACUCGGGGUUCAGAAUCUUCAAGUCGUAAUGAUAUUUCUUUAACCACUCGUGUACAGAGUAUGACUCAAGAUCCUUUUGGUAGAAUGCACAAUGCCGCUACAAUUAUGCGCCCAAUGAUAAUUGAAAAAUCUGUCAUUCAACAGAACCAUGAUUUGAGGGAAGAUGGUGCCAUUGCAUUGCCAUAUGAUGAUAAGAAUGCUGUUGGAAAAAUUGGCUCUAUACAUGCUGACACGAAUAUUUCUGCUUCCAUAUUAGCUCAAAGCUUUGACCAAAAUGGCCAGCAUUCAAGUGCUUUUCCUCUCCCAAGCUUAAACACAAUUCGCCAAAAUCAGCCAGUGAUCCCAGCUGAAACUCAUAAAGGAAUUCUUAAAAAUCCACAAACCAUGCCACUGUCUCCAGAGGUGAAAUGUCUUGUCAAACCGGAUUUUGGGGAUGCAAAAAUUGCAGUAGCUAAUUCUGGAAUUCCUUCAACUCAGAAAAUGGUAAGUGGUGAACAAAUCACCCAACUUACCAGUCUGUCAGCCUCUUUGGCACAGUUAUUAGCAAACGGACAGCAGCUUCCACAACUUUAUGCAACUCUAAGUACCAAUAAUGCUGUGGGUGUCCCUUCCUUUACCAGUGCUGAAGGGUCUGUUAAUCCAGUUUCAUCAGCAACUCAGCCUGACCAGGCCAUUGGAUCUCAGAAGCAUUAUGAUCCUGUACAUGAUAAGACAGAGUCUAUGAGGCCUGAUAUUAGUAACAAACCCCCUGGAAUUCUAUUGAAUCCUGCUGCAAAUAAAAGUAAUCUUCCUGAUGGAAAAUCAGAAAGAAAAUUGAUGAACUCAACUCCAUCACCUCGUCCUGGUGGACCAGAUGGUGAUGAUAGUUGUGAGGAUAGCGAGGGAAAUAAUAAAAUGGGGGAUGAGAAAAGCAAGAAACCACUAGAAGAGAAUAGAAAGGCCCAAGAGGAUGGUCCCUUGGAAGGCAUAGAUAAAGAUGGAGCUGAUGAUGGCAAGAAAAGCAAGGAUAUGAAGGGAACUCGUGCAUUUAAAUUUGCACUUGUUGAGUUUGUUAAGGAGCUUCUAAAACCAACAUGGAAAGAUGGUCAAAUCAGCAAAGAUUCUUACAAAAUAAUAGUGAAGAAAGUGGUUGACAAAGUGACAGGUACACUGCAAAAUGCUAAUGUUCCUCAAACACAAGAGAAAAUUGAUCAUUAUCUAUCACUUUCAAAGCCGAAGCUCACAAAACUUGUACAGGCAUAUGUUGACAAAAGUCAGAAGGGCUGAAUAAGGCAUGGGACUUCAGUGUAUAUUUACUUUUCUUUCCUGUGUCAUACAGCAAGCUUUCAUGACAUUUCUUUCUUAUGUAUUUUAGUUGGUUAACAAGUUGAGCUAACCUCUCGACUCCAUAUGCUAGAUGUUUAGAAUUUUUUGUUUGGAAUUUCUUCUUCUUCUUUUUUUUUUGGGUCUCUUUUAUACUUCCAUUAAUCUUCCAGUGUAUAAUUAACGGUUCUCAUGCUGAUUAUAAUUGAGUGUGCAAAUCUGACUUCUUAUUGUUCUUGUUA